AUGAUACCAGCCUCGGAUAUUGCUCAACGAAUUGAGAUAUGGCAAAUCGAUUCUGGGUCAAAGCUGCAGCUAGCCACUACAUUGUCCAACUGGAGGCCGUCCGUCACAAUGCGUCUCAACGCUUCCCUGGCGUCCCUCAUCCUCUCCUCGGUAGCUCUCAUUGGCAAUGUCCGUGCUGAGGAAGAGGUCAAGGGGGAUGCGCCUUCUCCCUCAUCUGCGAUUGAGAAGCCAACAUUUACUCCCACCACCCUUAAAGCUCCAUUCCUCGAGCAAUUCACUGAUGACUGGGAGACCCGGUGGACGCCCUCCCAUGCCAAGAAGGAGGAUUCGAGUUCGGAUGAGGACUGGGCCUAUAUUGGAACCUGGGCUGUUGAGGAGCCGCAUGUCUUGAAUGGCAUGGUGGGCGACAAGGGCUUGGUGGUUAAGAAUCCUGCCGCCCACCACGCGAUAUCAGCCAAGUUCCCCAAAAAGAUCGACAACAAGGGCAAGACGUUGGUGGUUCAAUACGAAGUCAAACUUCAGAACUCCCUGGUUUGCGGUGGCGCGUAUAUGAAGCUUCUUCAGGACAAUAAGAAGCUUCACGCUGAGGAAUUCUCGAACGCCUCGCCAUAUGUGAUCAUGUUCGGACCUGACAAGUGUGGAGUUACCAACAAGGUCCAUUUCAUCUUCAGGCAUAAAAACCCCAAGACUGGCGAGUAUGAAGAGAAGCAUAUGAAUGCGGCACCAGCCGCCAAGAUUAACAAGCUAUCCACUCUUUACACCCUCAUCGUCAAACCAGACCAAUCGUUUCAGAUCCGGAUUGAUGGAAAAGCUGUCAAGAACGGCACUUUACUUGAAGAUUUUAGCCCAGCCGUCAACCCUCCGAAGGAGAUUGAUGACCCCGAGGAUAAGAAACCGGAGGAUUGGGUUGACGAAGCUCGUAUCGCUGAUCCAGAUGCAACCAAGCCCGAAGAUUGGGAUGAGGAUGCACCUUAUGAAAUUGUUGACGCUGAUGCCGUUCAGCCAGAAGACUGGUUGAUCGAUGAGCCCACUAGCAUUCCUGACCCAGAGGCCGAGAAGCCCGAGGAUUGGGAUGAUGAGGAGGAUGGAGACUGGACGCCGCCUACCAUUCCCAACCCCAAGUGCAGCGAAGUGUCCGGUUGCGGAAAAUGGCAGCAGCCGAUGAAGAAGAACCCAGACUACAAGGGCAAAUGGGUCGCACCCAUGAUCGAUAACCCCGCCUACAAGGGACCGUGGGCUCCACGCAAAAUCCCCAACCCCGACUAUUUCGAAGAUAAGACUCCCGCCAACUUUGAGCCUAUGGGCGCUAUCGGGUUUGAGAUCUGGACAAUGCAAAGUGACAUCCUCUUCAACAACAUCUACAUUGGCCACUCCAUUGAAGACGCGGAGAAGCUCAAGGCUGAAACCUGGGACCUCAAACACCCAGUCGAGGUUGCGGAAGAGGAAGCAUCCCGGCCCAAGGAUGAGGAGAAGGAGGCAGGAACCUCGUUCAAAGAGGAUCCCGUCCAGUACAUUCGCAAGAAGAUCGAUCUCUUCAUCUCCCUGGCUCUUGAAAACCCGGUUGAGGCCGUCAAGACUGUUCCGGAGGUGGCGGGUGGUCUGGGCGCUCUCUUGGUUACUCUCAUUCUCAUUAUUGUUAGUGGGAUUAGCCUUGGCUCCAGCUCCUCUCCUGCUCCCAAAAAACAGGCUGAAAAAGGCAAGGAGAAGGAGAAGGCGUCAGCCUCUGAAGCUGUUAGCACAGGGGCGGAUAAUGUGAAGGGUGGAGCUAAGAAGCGGUCUACCAAGACUAGCGAGUAAGUUCCAAGGGUUUAUUUUAUAUAUUUUUCUUUAAUUUUGUGAUACCCACCUGCGGGCGGAAGGAACUUUGACGACGACGACGAGGGUGGAAGGAUUGGAACACGACAGACAGCAGCCCUGACCCUGGAAUCACGGGUUGAUGGCACCAUAACGCCAAUCAAGCCAACGAAUAUCAUUACGGAGAACGAAAGAAGAAUAAGGAGAAAAAUAAGGUGGAGAAAAUGGACACAGGAAAUGAAAAAUAUAUGACCCCAAGCCCAAAAAAACCAUAUGGAACAUGAAAGAGGAGGAUAACUCCUGAAACAAUCCUAAAAUUCGGAAAACACAAAACUCAAAAACCUUACCAGAAGUGCCUCUUGACUGCUCCUACAAAAAAAAGGAAAAAAAAGAAAAAAAAAUACAGGACAGGCUUUCAGGUAUUUAUUUUCCUGUCAUUGGUCAUUUCUCUACUUUGUGGGUUUCAUCUUUCUGAUCUGUGCCCAUUUCUUCCUCUGUGUUGUUAAAAUUCAAACAAUGUAAAACAUAAUCUGAUAUUUUAUUGUUCUUCAAGAGUUUAUUUGCUCUUUUUUUUGUUAACCAUUAUUAACUGCAUCCUCUUUUUGCUUUGCCAUAAGUUGUCUGAUUUUUUUUUUCUCUUUCCCAAAUCAUAUACUUUUUAUUCUCACGGUAGAUCAAACGGAUAUCUCGGUCUCGGGAUUGUAAUAAUGAAAGAGCGUGGAAUGGCAUGGCCCAUG